AUGGAAUCCGAUCACGAAUACGCCGAAAAAGGGGAUAUAUUGCCUGGCUUCAGUGAUCAGAUACCGGAAAAUCUUGGCCAUGGAACUCAGAUUGCCAUUGAUGAGCCGGCUAUCAAGCUACAUCCACAGCCUACAUCUGAUGCCUUAGAUCCCCUGAACUGGUCGAGUUUUCAGAAACACAUCAUUCUCUCAAUUGUUAUGUUCAAAUACUUUCUAUUCACGUAUCUCACAACCACAACGGUCCCCUCUUUCGCGGAAAUCCAAAGUCAAUACGCAAUAUCCUACUCCCAAGUUAACUGGACAGUGGCUGUUCCUGCUUUAGGCCUCUCGGUUGGCCCACUCAUAUGGUCUUCAUUGAGUGAUAUCUAUGGCAGACGAACUGUUUUCAUUUUUGGAACCAUCAUCGCCUUAGUAUCAACGAUUGGUGCUGCUGUGGCUAAUAACUACUCGGGAUACAUGGCAGCGCGCUUCUUCCAAGGAUUUGGCGUCAGUCCUGCAUCCACGGUUGGAAUGGCCGUCGUCAACGAUUUGUUUUUCGACAACCAACGCGGGCAAAAACUUGGUCUCUGGGUUCUAGCUAUUGACGCUGGACUACUCCUCGGGCCAACCUUUGGUGGAUUUUUGAAUGUUCUUAGUGCUCAAUGGAUCAAUUGGUUUAAUGCCAUUUUGUUCGCCGUGCUACUAGUCCUUGAGUUAUUCUUCAUGCCCGAGACCCUUUACCCUCGCCAGCAGAUGUUACUGAAUGAAAGCAUCGCGAAACUCAGUGAGCAAAGAUUGAAGACAACUAAAGAAACAUCAACGCUUCAGACAACAAUUCCUGCUGAGGUACGAAUCUUGAUUCCUCCCCGAACACGGAAGCUUCCUUUCCUGAACCUAAGACCUGUUCCUGGCAUGAUUCAUCCCAAGCCUUGGGACUCAAUUUUUCGAUUUGCUCUCACCUUUCAGUUUCCUGUCGUCGUCAUCGCAGUCAUUGGAUACUCGUUCCUCUGGUAUUGGUGGGUUCUAUCUGUCAUCACCAUGAUACCUUCGGCAUAUGCAACAUAUAGCCCACUUAUACAAGGCUUGCUUUUUAUCGGCUUGUUUCUGGGAACGAUUGUUUCGGAAGUAUGUUGCUCUGGGCGUCUGAGUGACUAUAUCGUCACGAAGCUCUCAAAGCGUAGAAACACUCGAGAUGCGGAAAUGCGACUAUGGUUGGGGUAUCCAGCUAUUCUUCUAACAGCCGUUGGAUUGAUCGUCUGGGGUGUCAGUCUUGAUCGAGACUACCACUGGAUUGUCGGCCAGGUGGCCUUCUUUUUGUUUGCUUCUGGCAUUCAGAUCGGCAACACCGUAAUCAGCAGCUACAUUAUCGAUGCGUACCCUUUGCAAUCGACUAGUGUAGUUACUUUCUAUGCCGUCUUUCUGAAUCUCAGUGCCUUCGUCAAUCCGUUUUUCAUUGCCUCAUGGCAGACUUCGAUGGGUUGGACCUGGACGUUUACUACGCAAGCGUUGAUCGUUCUGGCAGGAGGAGGGCUACUUAUGACUUCAUUGCACAGAUAUGGGGCACGCAUGAGGGAAAUGGCACCUAAACCCUCGUGGGUAAACCCCGAGUACGAUAUAAGUGUGUAG